AAGAGAUAUUAUGUCUACUUUUAUUGCUGUCUUUCUCUUUGCAGUUUUAUGCUCUACAAAUGCUGUUCCUCCGUCACCACCAACCAAUGAUGCAUUGCUUUAUGUAGACGGAUCUGGAGUCUUACAAGACAAUCACCUCCUAACUGCCAAUGAGGUUACUAAUACAAUAGGAGUGUCCUGUGUAGCUGGGAAUGGGUUAAGUAACAUAUCAUGGAUCCUACCUAAUGGUAUUGUACUAACUAAUGGAGGAACCACAAUGCACUCUAAUGUAAAACUUGAGAUGACCAGUUCUGAUACGGCAAAGCUACUAGCUGCAGCUACUGGCCCUGUCUCUCCUGCUGGUGCAUAUACUUGUAGAGCUGGGUUCACUGAUGGAUCAGUCCUACUAAAGAGAGUUUGGAUUCUGAACCGUAGCACAAAUAACUUAGUUCCAGUUAUCAAUCCAAAUCAAAGCAGUUGUUCAUAUAUUGGUACUGACAUACAGAAUAGAACUCAUGGGAUUCUACUGACACUUGGUAUUCAACAAGGCCCUCCUAGCAAUAUCCAGUGCAAUAUAAACAAUCAAAUACUUAGACCUUCUUCAGUAAUGUCUAGUGUACAGAAUACAGUGUCUCCUGACACAAGACUGGGUAUUGUAGUACCAAUACCCAUUGAUGCUAGUGAUCCUCUAACGUGUACUGUGGGUAACAGUAUUGGAAGUAGCUCUUUUACUUGUACUCUUCAAAGUACAUCAGAAACUAUUGAAAUUACCAGCACAGACCGUUCGUCAAGGAAUGCUACCAUCACAUGGAGUGGUGGCCCCUCCAGUAGCAGUUAUAGUGUAAUAGUUGAGAGUACUGAUGGAUCAGACUUUAUACAGUUUAAGGAUAUAUCAAUCACUGGUAGAAUGGCUACUAUUAAAGGACUCCAUCCUCCACUGGCCUACACUGUGACUGUGACAGCCGGUUCUGCUGGUACUGCAUCUGCUAAUGCAGUAAUACUACCAAGUGUUAGUAAAACAGAAACAGUUUCAGCACAACAAUGCAGCCCAAGGAGUAAUAGUGAAGUCACUCUUGAUCUAAAGUCAUACAAUACCAAUGGUGUUGUAUUCAACUGUAACUCAUUAACUACACAGCAAGCAGAAGAGCUACUCCUUCAAGCUAUAACUAACAGUCAACUAGAGAUUGGAGGAAACUGCACGUACUCCAUUUUAGAAAAGAGCUGCUCAUUAAAGGGAACACCAAAAGGUACCAAGACACCAGGAACAAAGACAAAAACAAAAACAAAGACAAAAACUAAGACUAAGAGAACUAAAACUUAUUUGACGAUUCAAGCACAAGUGAAUUGUGGGGGGUGUAACGAACAAGGAGUCACUGAAGGAACACCAAGCACACCAGGGACUAGACGGACUACUGGAACAAGAACUACCCCCAGGGGAGGUACCCCUGCAAGAGGUACCCCUAGGGGUGGUACUCCAAAGAAGAGACGGGGUAGAAGGGACCAACAAAAGAGACAAACCGCAAGGGAGAGGAUAGAACUAACAAUAGGAGGACAAUCAUUCACUGGAUACCUGAGGAGGAAUAAUGUUGAAUCAUCCUGUGAAUCAACAGCUACUCUUUUUAAGCUUACACGUAGGUCACAUACAAAGACUGGAGCUACAAGACUAUGUGAUUGUCCAACUCAAUGCUACACUAAUAUCAAUAGAGGAUAUCAAUGUCUGCCUAUGUAAAGAUUUCAAAAAAAUAAAAAUAAACACACACACACUAAAAUGAUUUAUAAUUCUAUUAUAAUGCUACAAAGAUUUUAAAAAGUUCAUAUUAAAAACUAAAA